UCAGUGCAAUUGCGAUUGGGACAGUGAUUGUGGUGAUUGUUUCCCGUUUACAUCUUCGUCCGCAUUGGAGUGUUCUGUGGGGGUUGAUAAUAUUGCUGGACGUUUGUGACUGAUAUGUGAUAAACAAUUCUUGUCUGGAGCUCGAACUUAUGCUGCUAGGGAUUUCAUAAAUCAAACAUGCAGCAGCUUAUCAUCAGUGAAACAAACCAACAAUACGGUAGCGAGUUGAAGCUGUUUUCCCAAAAUCACUACACAUCAGCUAACCUCAGCUCUCGGUGUACCAGGAACAAAGUUUCGUUGCGCUCUUUGUAGCGCUCUCUCGAGGUGAAACCUUUUACGCUCUUCCCAAGGUUAGAUAACCUCCCACGCGGUACCCUCGUUCUCGCGCUCUUGUCCCCCUUUUUUUCUCUCUCUAAUCAGCUGUCAAACUUUUCGCACAUUAGUGCACUGCUGUCUACACUACUGUGUCAACCUGUUUUCACUGACCGUUUGUUCCGCUAGGUGUUCGUGCAGUUCGAGGAAAUAACGAGCCAGGAAAUCUUGUGUCCUGUGCGCACGGUACGCGUGUGUUUGUUAGCAACCCGCAAAAAAAACUCACCACCACUGGCUGUGUGGUUGAGCAGCCGCUCCACUGAUAAAGACAUCAACCAAAAAUGCGAAAGAUCACCAUCGGCAUCAACGCUACCGCCGAAAGCAAAACGGUGAAAAGUUGGGCGUAAAUCGCGCGGAAAAAUAAAGUGAUGAAAAUCGGUGCCCCGACGCUGCGUGGCUUCUUCCACACCUCGGCACGCCUGCGUGAGUGAGGGCCAACGUAAAUGAGUACAUAUUUAUAGUAAAGCAGUGCAAAAAUCGUCACGCCCUGAUGGAUAAUUAUAAUUGAAACCGCUUCUGGUCCGCCGGUGACGAUAAGCUUGAGCUUUUUGUGGUUGUGUGGAGAAAAGUUUCCUCCAUUCUCCAUCCAGCGUGCGGCCGCUUCUGUGUGUGUGUGUGUUUGUAGGUGCUUUUGUGUGCUGUGUUUUGUGUUGCCGUGUUAUUGCCACAAGUAAGCAAAGUGAGCAAGUGAGAAUUGUGCUUGUGCUGCUGCCCGUGACGCAGCCCGGAAGCGUUCCAGGCGUGGUGAGUCGCUUUUGGCGCGCUUCCAGCCGUGAAGCUCGAUUCCGAAUUGCCAUAAAUUAAAAGCAUCCCUAAUCUCAAGCACUUGUUCGUUGUGGGAAAACUGCGAAAGUGCUCCGGGAUAUCCGUCGAACGGUUUUGCCUGUGCGUGUGACAUUAUUAGCAACCGUAGCAUAAGCAGAAGCUUCUAGCAUCGUUUCCUGUCGAACGAAGCGCAUCGGAACCGAGGAACGCAAUGACGGAAGCGGACAACUACGAUGACGAGCUCGUCUCGGCCAAUCCGAACCAACGGAACUGGCGAGGGAUCCUGAUUGCCCUGCUCGUUAUCAUCGUUGUACUGGCGCUGAUCGUGACAUCCGUUGUAUUGCUGACUCCACCGGACGAGGGUCCCCGUGUGAAGGGCCAACGGAUACGAUUGCAGGAUAUCAUCGAUGGCGAGUACGCACCGAAGAAACUCAACGGCAGCUGGAUUGGACCCGAUGAAUUCCUCUACCAAAAUCACUGGGGAGAAAUAAGUUUGCUCAACAUGAAUAAUCUCUCGGAACGGGUGCUGAUGUCUAACACGACAAUGAAAACCCUUGCUCCAGUAAAAUUUUCCAUCUCGGCGGAUCGAAGGUACUUGCUGCUAGCGCAAAACGUCAAAAAGCUGUUCCGACACUCGUUUUUGGCACAGUACUCCGUUUACGACAUAACUAACAGUGAAACGAUCCCACUGACGAUCAUUUCGGGGAGUGGCGAAUGGCCGUUCCUGCUGCACGCCGAAUUCACUCCCAAGGGACAAGCCAUCGUGCUAGUGUAUGAGUACGACAUCUACUAUCGACCAUCGGCCCAGGCUUUGCAGGCCUACAGGUUGACGAAGAAUGCCAUACCUGGUAUCAUCUACAAUGGCGUUCCCGAUUGGUUGUAUGAGGAGGAAAUCCUGCACACCAACAAAGCAAUCUGGCUGUCGACCGAUGGCCACCUGAUGCUGUACAGCACCUUCAACGAUACGCUCGUACAGGAGCAACAGUUUGCCUGGUACGGCACGGCGAACGGUGACAUCAAUCUCUACCCCCAGAUUCGUUCCCUACGAUAUCCCAAGCCGGGUACGAGCAACCCAACGGUCACAUUGAACGUUGCCGAUCUGACCGACCCGAAAACCAUUCGUAUGAACAAGCUCACUCCGCCACCGAUUCUGCUCAAUCAAGAGCAUUACUUUACCAGCGCGUCCUGGGUGUCACCAUCGGAGGUCAGCGUGGUUUGGAUGAACCGACCCCAGAACCUGUCGGUCGUGACGCUGUGCAAAAGCCCGAUGUGGUACUGUCAGGAGACACACCGGAUUAGUGGCGAUGGACGUGGCUGGGUCGACGAGAUGUCUGUACCGUUCUUCAGCCUUAAUGGCAGCUCGUACAUUGCUAUCUCACCGUUGCGCGAUGGUUCCGCAGGACACUUUCGGCACCUGGUACACGUACACAUUGGCAAAAAACGCAUCAUACCAUUGACUCAUGGCCGGUUCGAGGUUAAUAAAAUUCUCCAUUGGGAUCAGGCGAAUAACUUCGUAUACUACCUCGGAAUCCCGGAACACUCACCAGCCCAGCAGCAUCUGUAUCGGGCCUCCUCACUGCCACCCAAGCAAGGUACAUCGCCUAGGCCACCGCGCUGUCUUACCUGUAGCCAUCAGCACAGUUCGCAUGCGCACGUUGCGAUCAAGGCGUCGAACCGGGUGCAGCAACAGUGGAACGACGAUUGGGAAGAUAUCGAGGAUGAGGAGGAAGAGUAUGUGGAGGUACCGAUGACAACACCACCUUCGAAGCGAAAGCGAAAACCUUCGGAACCUGAGGUGGUGGUAGCGCUACCGCCAAUGCCCUGCCAGUACUUCACGGCCAUCUUUGCGCCCAGCAAUAGCGAGUAUGCGCUGAUCGAAUGUCUCGGUCCGAUUGUGCCAUUCAGUGCCAUCUAUCGUAUUGUGCCCGAUAUUGCGAAGAGUCCGACGCAGGUGCUGUACUACCUGCAAAACAAUACGGCACUGGCAGAGCGUAUCAACAAAAUUGCACUACCACAGGUUAAGUCCUUCCCGGUCAUGAUAUCGGGCGGGUAUCAUGCACAGGUGCGACUCUUCUUACCACCCGGGCUGCGGGAAGAUGAGAUCACACGUUAUCCGAUGAUCGUACACGUAUACUCCGGUCCCGGUACGCAACUUGUGACGGACAAGUGGCGUGUCGAUUGGAACACCUAUCUUGCUGGCACGAAAGAUUACAUCGUAACACAAAUCGAUGGCCGAGGAUCGAGUGGCCAGGGCUAUCAGCUGCUACACGAAGUCUAUCGAAGGCUCGGUACCGUCGAGGUAUCCGAUCAGCUUGAGGUGGCCGAAUAUCUGCGCGACAGUUUGCACUUUGUCGAUAAGCGACGUGUCGGUAUCUGGGGCUGGAGCUACGGUGGAUACACGGCGGCCCUGGCAAUGGCCAGCCCUACCAGCCUGUUCCAGUGUGGCAUCAGUGUUGCUCCUGUCACUAACUGGAAGCUUUACGAUUCCACGUACACCGAACGGUACAUGGGCAUGCCGAACGUAACAGACAACUACAAGGGCUACGAGGAUAGUGAUCUGUCGAAGCACGCGGAAAAACUGCGAGACAAGCAGUUUCUCAUGGUUCACGGUACGGCGGACGAUAAUGUGCACUUCCAGCAGAGUAUGGUGUUUUCGAAGGCGCUCUCCAGCAAGGGAGCACUGUUCAAGCAGCUGAUAUACCCGGACGAGGGCCACAAUCUGGCCGGCGUGAAGAAGCACCUCUACCGUUCGAUGACGCUCUUCCUCGAGGACUGUUUCCGGAAGCUGGUACCACUGGACGUAAAGCCCGGCCUGGGAAAUGGUGGUUCCAGUGAUUAAUAUUUGCUUGAUUACUUCGGUGCUACUGAUUCAGCUUCAAGUUUCAUGUAAAAGUUUCUCACUCUUCUCUAGCAAAAAACGUUUCCUUUCUUUACUUCGAACUGGCACAAAUCGGGAGCCUAACGGGAAAUGGUACGAUGAAACGAUGGUACAAAAUACAACCAAGGACAGCCCAGUGAAGCAGUAGGGAAAAAAACAAAAGACUGCAGAACAUUCAUACCAGUCCAAUCGUGGACUCUGGGCGAUUCUUGUGUAGAGUUUUCUUUGGCAUGCGUGUAAUUUUUUUAUUCGCAUAUGCCUACCCGCUCUCUUUCUGCGGAACACUUACCAUCCGAUCAACCCUGAUCAAUCCUGCAGUACCAUCGACAUCCUCGUAGUCGUCAUCAUCAUCAUCAGGAUGUAGUACCACCGAACAAGCCAUCCCAACAGCGCUCAGAAACUCAACCAGAACAAGAGAUUCGAGGCGUAACACAAAAACAAACACAAACGCACUAGUGAAAGUAAAGAAAGGAAUCGAAAUAACAAAUAGGAAACAAUACGUUACACACAAACUUGUAGUUGAGCCAAUUUCUGCGUAGUAUCUGAAGUAGGAUUUUCACAUUCAGUGACUCACUCAGCUGUCUCUCUUUCUCACUACUUCUUGCUCGCUCGUACACACGGCAGAAGUAGUGAGAUGAUGUAAAAAGGGGAGAAAAGGGGACACACAUGUGCGGGGUGUUUGGUCUGGCAGUGGCGUUCAACAUCCUUUGCCGCCGCUGUGUCAAAAUUCAAACCCAUUCCAUUCACUUCAGUGAGCAAAUACACUGCAUCAUUAAAAACUGCUCGUGACGUACCAUUCCAUCCAGCAUUAGACGCGGGCACAGAAAACACAACGUCACAGACGGUACGCAAACAAUGCCGCGAACAACAUUAAUACGCGACCGUUGUAUAGCGUAAGGAAUACGGAAACGGGUGUAUGAUCUGGGCACAUAUUUGAGGAACUGGGAGCUCACAGUCGGCGAUUGGCACGUUUUUGCGCUUCAGUAUGACCGGGAUGACACGAGAGAUGUGGUAGCAUUAAUUGCACGCCAUUGCCUCGAAGGAAGAACAACACUUUAAAGAACUGUUGUCUGCAAUAAGGGAUUAGAAUGGGGUGUGAAUUACAAAUGGCAAAAAAAUGUAACAAUAGAUAUACAAUAAUAUUUGGCACCAAGUGAAUAGAAGCUUUGGAAAACAUCUCCACAGAAACGACCGGGAUACCGAGAGCAAGAAAAAAAAACAAGAAAUUAUGGUUGUGAAAAACUUAAACGAUUCAUAUAAAACGAGCAAUGUUCAGAUCGAUCGGCUAAAGUGGCGAACAGAAAAAAACACACACAAACAAUUCAAAUAUGUGCGUAAAAUAAAAGGUCACCUUAAUAAAAAAAAACCACCCUGGCCGGUAAUGAGCACUAAGCCGACACGUUACGCACGUUUACCUUUGGGGGUCAACGUAUAACAGUAACUUUCGUCCUUAAGUACGGACCCGCUAGUAGGUCUCGGUUUUUUAUUGCCCAUGCAAAAAUAAGCAAGGGUGUGUAUCUACCCUCUACGUGGACACGUGGGCAAUCGAUCUGGUUAUCGAGCCCUGUUUUCGCCCCUCUAAAAUUCCAAUCCUCUGUCUCUCUUUCCCUUACUCCAUCGUUCUAUUUUCCAUGGUUAAGAAAAAGUGUAAAUAUAACAAACCGAACGUGUGAUAGUGCGACCAAACCGUGUGACCCGUGUGAAGGAUCUAAAAAAAAACACUUACACGUAACACGUGCAAAAAGGAUUAGUGAACAGCAGCAACACGUGCUUAACGUUACCAGUUACCAGGUUACUAUCGGUCGAUGCCAGAAAGAAAUUUGUCUUCUGGGGGGAAAAAAACCCUUGGAAAGAAGUGUAAAGAUAACCCCCUUGGUUUGGAAGAAGUGAUGGUAGUUGUAAUGGUGAUUGUAAAUUUAUCUAAACGAGAUAACAAGAAAAAUCCCGAUUCUUAUGCAGCCAUUUCUGUGAGAUGGAAAGGUUAAACUAUUCCACAAACACUCACUCACUUCGUUUCCAUUUUAUUAUUUCAUAAUCAGAACUGUUUGGAGAAUAUUUACUUUAUUUAUUUUAAUAUUCUUAAAAAAAACAACAUCUUUGCAACGUUUUCAGUUUAAGCACAUUUGAGCUCAACAUUUAAAGCAAUAACAUUAGAACAAAAGCCAUAUCAACUUAACCCAUGCACUGUUGCGUUACCCCAACAAGCAAGCGAAUAUUGUAAAUUGUUAUCUGUACCGCAAAGCAGACAAACUUUUGUCGUCUAUACAUUCUCUCAAAUCAUUCACCACAAUGUCAUACGAAAUAAACCGAACGAACCUAUGCGAAACGGCACUAAUCGCAUCCACCUAUCGUAAAAGCUCCAGCGGUCCCAACAGUAUUAUUCCGAAGCAGAACCAGCACAGUUCGACCUGGGGAUACCCAAAUUAACCCACCUUCUUUUUUUUGCUGUUGCUGUUUGCACAUUACCAUUUCCGUACUCCAGCGCAGAAGGAAAAGGCUUACUCCCUUUUUGAGGGAAACGGCACUGUGUUGCGUUGUUUUAAAUUUAAUUAACACCCCGAUGGUAUCAUCCCGGAAAACCACCGAUAGCUACAACUCAGGCUCAGGCUGCCUCAUGCCCAGAACAAUUCUUGCAAAAUCUAGUCCCCAAAGCGUCCGACGGUUGAGUAGAUGGUAGAACCAUCUGUUGAAAAGGAGGACACUUUCAAGGACAACCAUUGGGUUGUGGUUUCCGGUGAAAGCAAGAUCCAAUUUUCUCCUUACCGUCUACACCGCUCUGAACAGGAGUCUAGCCCACGCAAAACACUCCCGCCUGGUUCGGUGGACACAGAUUUCAUGGGUGUUAAAUUAAUUUACGAUUAUGAUUCUGCUCGAUUUCAUACAUUUGGCAAAACCGCACAACCGGCUGCCUGUAGAUGGUGUGGCACAAUUGCCAAUUUCUCGUACCGAAAACAUUCCAACAAUUUCCCGGAAGAAGAAAACUCCCGCCAGCUAGUGUCCGUACGCGAUACCUUUGCCAAUCGAAUACGGGGUAGAUUAAACGUAAAGCUCUACUGUAGAGAGCUUCCGACUCGCACCGAUACAUGUCGGCGUAGGGGUGUUGUGUUUAUUCUCGCUUUUUCCUGGCUUUUUUUUCCUUAUCUCGGUCGACUUAUUUGAAUUUAUGCGAACGCUGUUGAACGCUUGUAUCGCUUUAUGUGGAAGGCUCGACCUUUUGCUCGACCACCCAUAUUACAAGGCGUGUGUGUGUGUGUAUGUUCAUGUAGCAACAUGAAAGGGGUGGGUCUUGUUUCUGGUACGAUUGAUGGUCGUAUCUGACCGUGACGCAUUUUUAAAAUCACUUUUACAUGAGCAUCUUUGCUGUCGUCUGGCGUCUCGCAUUACGGGAUAGAUCGACCGAAACCGAUUUGGCGGGAUUUUGCAAAAUUAAAAUCUCAUCAAUUUCACGUGAACGCAAGCUGGAAAGAUUAUGGUUUGGGAAACGUAAAAAUAAUAUUCAUUAUGUUAAAUUACGUUACUGAAGACUCUUCUCGACAAGCAAAAAAAUCGAUUUUUUAGCAUUUUAUAAAUUAUGCAUGACAGAGAUUGUCUUGCUUUUGCAAACGCUGUCGUCAUUUACGAGUACUAGAUACUAAAUUAUUAGUUAUUUCCUAACUAAAUGCAAAGGUAUGCAUGACGAUACAUUUUUACGACCGAACCAUAAAACCGUGAUCCCAUCACCGGGAGACGGAUCGUCAAAAUCCCGAUGCGAGUUUUUGAUACUUUAUUAUUUACCUUGCAGCCUUACAGCAUGACCGAAAGGUUCGUACUUCAGUGUAAAUCAUACAGAAAAAUAAACCAAACCUUCAACCCAGAUUCUGCUGGUAUUAUCUGCCUCGGGCCAGCAGCCACACAUAACACACCGUAACCGAAUAUGGAUGUAAGUGUGUACGCCUAAGAAACAAUACUGUGGAGGCAUAAAAAAAGCUGCGGGCCACCCGGAUUACAAACAAUCCUGACAAUCCGUAAGUUACCACGCAAAAGGAUGUGAUGUGAAAUUUAAACACAAAAUUCACCCGCCACCAGGCGUCUCCAUCCUGCGUAGAAAUUUGCUCCACUUUUUUUUCUUUACAUCCUGUAACAAAUUUUUGAAGGGAAAUUGUGAUGGAAAAAAACAUACACACACACAUAUACACCAGUGAGUGUGCACGAUGAUGCGUAGAAAUCAUUACCCCGCUCAUGGAGGUUUCCAUCCAAAAGCCCACUUGUUCCCGAUAACGGUGAAAGCCUUCCAAAAGGAUGAGUUUUACCUUUACUUCACGCUCGGCAUAUUCCAUUAGGCAGCGUACAGUGCUUGUAUAACAGUGGCACAUUAUUUCACAUGUAGCGUUAUUUGCGCCACGGUUGGCCGGGUCUUUUUGGGGGGCGAAAGAGAACACACAAAACAUUUACCAACCAGUCAUGUUCCGGUUUGUAAGGAUGUAAGGGCUAUCAUUGUACUUUAAGAAACAAUUUUGACCAACCCAACAUUAAUCACGUGCUGAUGUUUGCCAUUAAAAUGAAGCAAAUGAAUAACGGCUCCAAUGACGGCGUUUGUUGCGUAAAUAAAUGGCCGCCCGCCAACGCAUAACGGGUGCCUUUCUUGCAUCUUUUCAGUGCGAACUUUUUGAAAACCUCGGACCGGCCUGAGGAAAAGCUUUUACGAAUCAUUCUUGUUGGGUUAGUUUUCUGCAUGCGAAACAUUGUUUCCUAUCUGGUACGUUACUAAUGUUAUGAUCGUUUAUUACUAAAUACCUGUUUUCCCCGUCCCUAAUGUGAUAUCCUCAGUACCUCCCAUAACUCAUAACGCUCACUUAUGACAGAUUAAUUAUCCGAUCAAAUCGAAAUUAUUGUUACGAGAAAAGUUUUGUGUUGCUCUACCACUCACUUACGAACAAAACGUAUUGCUUUAACGAUAUCAUUUCGCUACUCCAAAAAUAUGAUAUUCCCCGGCUCAUACCAAAUUCUCGCGUACGACCACGUCGCCUACGGUUCCACUACUCUCAAUCAUAUCAGUGAUAAUAGUAGACACGUUGUUUCCGCUCGAUAGGUUGAUAGGCAAUCAAAACAUAGCAAUUAUCACACUUGCGUAGUACUGUAGCAAAUAACCUUCCACGUAAUAUGAUGCUGCAACAAAAGCAUAAACUGUGAGCCACAAUACUGUAAGCAACAGAGCACGUUACACUAACGUUAUGAAAACCACGACGGGAGAAGGAUUUUAUAAAGCAAAAAAAAAACAACAUUAUUCAUCACUUAUUCUUAACCCUCCUCCAUUUUUCUCAAAUUCUAUCAGCUAUGUUUCCUUGCUUACUAGUUCCGAACGAAAAAAAAAUGUCAAUAAGUAGAAAGUGUAACGCAAUAUAACUCCUCUUUAACAAGAAACCAAACACUUCCUCCCGUUUCGUUUAUCGGAAACACAAACUACCUUUCUUUAGAUCGUUUACUGUGCUUGAUGUGAUACUGGUUAGAGUUUGCAAAAUAAACAUUACUAGAAACUAAAGCAAAUAACAAAAAAAAGAUAAUACAAUAAUAGUAAGACCGUAGCGAUAAGAGCUCCUCUUCUUGACCUUACAAAACCGCUCCGUAACGAUCGAAUAGUAAUAGCGCAUAGGAACAUAAUAAAUUAAGGGUCCAAACAAAGCAAAGAAAAAAAAUUGUUGCAAAAAAAAGAGUUUAAAUAGUGUGUGAAAAAAAAACAAAAAACAAAAAACAGAAACAUUAACCAAAAUAAAUUGUACCAAGAUGCGUCGUACUGUAAGUUGCGUGUACAAUUUAGCAAACGCGUGAGUUGAUUAUAGUUCAGGCUAGUGUUUAAUGUUUGAUGAAUCCCCUUAACUCCGGACAUAGUAAAGCCACAUGAGCGCAGUGCGUUCGGUUAACUAGGGCUUUUCCAUCUAAUGGAUCGCGGAAAAGUGACAUUUUCCCUAUGUCCAUCAAUAAGUGUAUGUGUUUUUGGUGUGCGUAGUCGUUGAGUAGCUGCCUUCGAUGUUCUUCUUCAAGUUUCAGCAUCCAUUCGUUUUGAGCCACACACCCUAGCCUCAUCACACUUGAGCUGAGGAGUUAAAAAAAAACUUGUUAAAAUGUAAAUAGAUAGAACUUUCCUCGCAUAGGCAAAUCUUUCGUUGUUUUGUCUCCGUGGACAACUGUUGAUAAGUAAAUUUAAUGAAAGCUGUUGCAAUACUUAGCCUUUCUGUUGCUAUUUGAACUACGCUUAUGUUCCUAGUAUGUUAAGGAAUGCAUCUACGAAGAUAUUAAUUUUUGCAUUAGACAUUUAACGUUUGUCAACAUUACCUAAAAGACAAAAACAACUCUCUGUUCAUGUAUUAUUCUCAUUACGCAAAACGUUGUGCGCAUCUUCUGUACAAAGAAAUAAGUAUUUAAAAAAAACAAGAAAACGCAAUCUUUUGAUAGCUAACCAAAGAAGGUUGAAAGAGACAUUCAUAAUGUUUUUUGCGGAUUUUUUUUUCGAUGAUCAAACGAUUGAUGAACGAAAGGCGCUGCGACUGGACUUACCCGUCCGAUCAAAGGUUUGCGCCCCGGGUUUUUCAUCAGCGUGCAACAGAACAAUUCUAAACGGGAGAAUAUAUAAAUAUAUCAUUAAACGAAACCAAAGAGAACAAAACCUGGACUGGAUGCGUUACGUGACGUCAUGCCGAUGCCCGAUGCUUUGUUGUUUGGAGAAAAAAAGAACAAAGCAUAUUGGGUGGGGGAGAGUGAAAGUGAUUUGGGUGCAGCAGCAUGCUUUCUAACGGCCGUUUAAACGAACGUCAAGCAUAACUUGCACACAAGUCAGAUCCACUGUUGCACCCAAUAUUGCAUGUGCAGCAAACACACGUCGUGACAGUUGCGUCCAAACCACCAACAAAUAAUUGGAGGAAAAUCAUUUUCCACCCCGUACGCUGGAAGAUAGUUUAUGGACAUAAGAGCUGGUGGUAUUUAUUGUUUUAAAUUGUAAAAACAAAACAUUACAUUUAAAGGAACUAAGCAACACAUGUAACAUAAAACAAAAUGAACGUAGUAACAUUAUUAAGCACGCUUGCGUGACAUCAAACGCAAUUCCACGCUCUGUGCUCGUUCUCGAACCCGUCGUAGGCGAAUAGGAAACGUUACCUUUCAUCUUUUUCAUCCCCCGCGGUUCGUGAUAGUAUGGAGAUGAAUGAAAUAAACAUAAAAAAACACACACACACACAAAUCACUCUAGCAAUAAUGUGGAUCUUCAUUCCUAGGAAGAUGGUCCUAGACUUUCGUACCGUUUGCCUUUUAAAUUACGCUCUAUUACCGAGAGAAACCUAACAUAAAAUGAGAACGCCCCCGAAGGGAAGAGCCGCGAGCGUGAGGCACACUUUACUCAUCCACCGUAAUCAACAGUGUAGAUUGUAAGAAGUAAGUUAAUAAAAAUUAAUAAAAUUAAAAAAAAAGAAUGAAGCAAACAUAAAUUUAAUUUUACCGAUACGAAAAGCAGUGGUCGAACAAUGUGUAAUCGAAUAACAGUAUGUAUAAAGACAAGAAAAAUCAACAACCACAUCACUGUUCGCGAGCGUUUGAUACGUUUGAAACGUUAAAAAGCAGAAUUACCACACAUAUAAACUUCAUUGCAUAAAUAGUGAGUAGUGGCGGGAACAUAUUGUUCCCUUUCAAACAAUGCAUCCACGUGUCCGGUGCGCAUAGCUGAGGAACGUUUCAAAAACCAUACCGUACCGUAGUGAAAUGUGCGACCAUUCGACCCUAAAGAAUGGUCCACAUACCUAGGCUAACAGCUGUUAUGCAUUCUUCGAAAUACACCUAUCUUCCUUUCGUUUCGGAUUUCGAAUUUAACCGUUUUCAAUGACACAAUAACUUACACCCCGUUCGCCGGUUGGCAAUGUUUUUUGGUCCGGUCGACAACUGUUCGUACUGUUCAUAUCAGCGUAGUGUCGUUCUAUCCAUCAACUGCAUCGGUACUAAGUAGAUAAAACUUAUGAAUUAUAUACCCCUUCGAACCUCGAAAGCUCAAAUCUGAGGACCACCUUUACAGUGCGGUGGAUAGUAUGGAACUGUACAUAGAGCGAGCGGGCUCCUUACAUUCAAAACCCAUGGCUAAAAAAAAUAGAACGUUCAUGCAUAAGUCUCUAUUCAAAAGGAACAAACAAAGUAAGUAAAACAGAAACAAGGAGAAAAGAAAUAUUUAAAUAAAUAAAUACUAAAGUAGUAAGCUGACUAUAAGCGAACAAAAAAAAAACAAAACAAACAAAAUACGAAGAAGAAACAUGUCAAAAAAAGCGUUUAAAAAGAAACACACAACCAAACAAAACGUAGUAUAUACAUUUUACCUUCGGUUUCGGUUUACGCAAGCAAGGACGCAAGUUUUGGAAGGGAAGUACUAUGAGUGCGGAAGGGGGAAGAAAUAAGCAAAGCUAUACCAAAACAAAAAAAAACAAUGUAACCAACACAGAAUCAAACGCAAAUCAAGCUGCAACAAGAACAAACAAAUUACUCCAACAAAACCAGAAUGGUUAAAUAUUUACAAAACAAGUCCCACUUACGUCUCGAUAGCCUGAACUGUUACACAGAAAAUAAAUGCCAGUAAGUUAUAAGUUAUUAUAAUACCACUAAAUGCGUAAAGCAAAAAAAACGUAAUGUGACAGACGAAAGAAGACCGACAGAUUGGCAAUGGCAUUAAAGCAAAUGAGAUAGCAAAACAGAACAACCAAACUGGAUACUAAUUGCGCGAGUUCAAUAAAGAAUGAUAUUUUAAAUUCA